AUGCAACACUCCUUACGAAGUAGGCUAGAAAUAACCCGUACUACUGUUACGACCGUGGACGACGCAGAGACCAGAGUUCCAGGUGAAGACAAGAUAUCCAAAUACCAGACAAUCGACUUUCCAGCAACCUUUGCAGAUUUACGUAACAAAGCGAAAAUUGAAGGGAAGAACAUCAACAGUGGAGUUGAUUUUGAGACCUGGGCCAAUGAGCGUGGGGACGUUUUACCCAGUACCAAGGGUCCUAAGGCGAGCGACUCGAGUAGGAGCCAUUGGCAAGAGAUCGUGGCGUUGACUUAA